GUUAAAAUUGUGAAAAAGAUGUUUGACUGGAUGAUCAGAAUUCUAAGUUGUUGAUAGAGCUAAACGAACGAUGUCGGACUCUGAGACCAUUGAACUGGCUUGCCUUGGCCGACCUUUUCAGUUAGGAAUGCUUUAUGACUGCAGAAGAGAUGUCCUAAUUCCAGGAAUAACUCUCUGGGAUGCUGAGAUGCUACAGAAGAACAUAAAUGUACGGCCACAGCCAAACACUGACUUCAAAAUCAUUGCCUCAGAUUCAAGUGAAGACAAAGUAGAAGCUCUGAAUGUUUCUGCAUCUCUUGAAGCCAGCUUUCUGUGUGGAUUAGUAAGUGUGAAAGGGUCAGCUGACUUUUUAAAUGACAAGAAGAAGUCCAAACAUCAGUCUCGAGUCACCUUACAGUAUCGGACAACCUUACGCUUUGAGCAGCUAACUAUGGAGCAUCUUGGAGCAGGAAAUUUUAAGCAUUGCAAUGUAUUUGAGGAGGGCUCUGCCACACAUGUUGUUACGGCUUUACUGUAUGGAGCUCAAGCUUUCUUUAUCUUUGACCGUGAGAUUUUGGCUAAUGAAAACCACCAAGACAUACAAGGAGAUCUCAAAGUGUCAAUAAAAAAGAUACCUUUAAUAUCAAUUGAGGGUAAGGGAUCUUUGAAAAUGAGUGAAUCUGAACACGAGAAAACAAACAAGUUCAGCUGCACAUUUCAUGGGGAUUUUGCCUUGGAAAACAAUCCAGUUACCUAUUUAGAUGCAAUCAAGGUGUACUCAGAGCUUCCAAAACUAUUGGGGCAAAAUGGAGAACAAGCUGUGCCCAUGACUGUGUGGCUGUACCCUCUGAAAAAUCUAGAUUCGGCAGCUGCUCAGUUAGUCAGAGAGAUCAGUGUUAGCCUUGUACGCCGUGCCCAACGCAUCAUGGAUCAACUGGAUGAUUGUGACAUGCAAUGUCAGGACCUGAUGAAGGACAAUGUUGCCAUUAAAUUCCCUGAAAUCAAAGACAAGCUCAGAAAAUUUAAAGACCUCUGCUCAGAGUACAAAAUGGUUUUUCAAAAACGUCUCUGCAAGCUUCUUCCAUCUAUAAGGGGUGGAGGAAAAGAGGAACAGGAGCUUGCUGAUGAUCUGAACAGCAAAGAAAGAUCCCCAUUUCAAGGUGCUCUGAUAAGCAAGUAUCUAAAUGAGAGAGAGAGAGAGAUCAAUGUUGUUAGAUCUUACCUAGACAUUAUGAAGGAUGUCCCUGUUCUUUCAUCCAGCAAUGACUUGGACAAGGUUGUCCUAAAAGCAACCAAUGACUAUGUGAUAGCUUUUGCACUCUCCUCCUUAAAUGAAGAGGAACCAUACCUUUUAGACAUGGAGAAAUAUCUAAAGGAACAAUCAUGUGACAACAGAGAGAUCAGUUAUGACCAAAGCUCUACAAAGGAGCCAGAGAAAUGGUUUUCAUCUGGAGAUGCAACUGCACUGACCAGGGAAAAUAUACAGGCCUUUCUAGAUUUCAAACAGGCUAAUAAUUCAAGAAGGAAUAUUGACUUUUGCAUUGCAUCAAUUCCAGACAAGCUCAGCACUGCCUCUUCAAUUCAUGUUUUUGAAAGAGGGAGACACGUGAGCUCACAGUUUGAGCUCCCCUCAAAACCCCCAACACCGAUCGUCUUGAGUGCUGAGCAUGAUUGCAUACAUCUGCAAAUCAAACCUCCUAACCAUGGUGCUGGUUGUGUGGACUCAUACUAUAUUUCAUAUCAGUCAAUGCAGAGCUCGGAAUGGACUGAGGUACGUACAAAUGGGACUUCUGACCGGGUCACUCUCGAGCAGUUAGAGCCACAUAAAGAGUAUCAUUUCAACUGCAAGGCUGUGUGUCGUCCAGGAGUAAGUCCCUCUAGUGACACUACAUCAUUCUUCAGGACACGUCCAUGUGCCCCUCCUGGAGCACCCAUAUUGAAAAGAGUAGAAUCUGCUUUGGCAACUGUAGCCUGGGAUGUUCCUACAUCUGUUGGCGAUGAUGUCCUGGUCAAUGAAUAUGUGUUGGAAUUCAGAGAAUGUACAAAGGAUAAUGAAAAUGAGAGGUCAUGGAAGUCAGAGAAAUCUACAUACAGGGAGUGCACUCUUCCGGGACUGAAAGAAGACACAGUUUACACAAUCAGAGUUUUGGCAAACUGUGGUAAUGAAGGAAUGAGUCUCCCCAGCCCUGAAACAGUGUUUUCAACCAGUUUUAAGGGUGAACAGUCAAGUAAGGAUGGGAGUGGUUUGUUCUUGCAGCAAUCUACACGUUUAAAAAAGGGCAAUCCUUCAGUGCAUAUACUGAAUCUACACAAUAAAAUAGGAGAGAGCAUAGAUUUUCAUCAGUAUGUAUUUGGAAGAAAGGUGGAGGAUGUGAACAACAAAGUAAUUCUGCUUUUGGGACCAACAGGUGCAGGAAAGACCACACUCCUCAAUGUUAUGGUCAAUUACAUAUUGGGGGUAAAGUGGCAGGACAUAUACCGCUUCAAACUAAUCAAUGAAGUGACCAAUCGCACACAGGCUGAGAGUCAAACAUCUACUGUCUCCUCAUAUGAGCUGUACAAUCAACCUGGCUUUCAAAUUCCAUAUUCUCUCACAAUUGUAGAUACACCAGGAUUUGGGGAUACAAGAGGAAUGACACAGGAUAAACUGAUAAAAGAGCAAAUCAAAUGCUUUCUCUGUAGCCCUUUGGGAAUUGAUCAUAUUGAUGCUGUCUGUUUUGUUGUCCAGGCCUCUCUUGCCCGCCUUAGUAUCAACCAGAAGUACAUCUUUGACUCAAUUUUGUCAAUUUUUGGCAAAGACAUUGCAGAGAACAUAAUGAUUUUGGUAACAUUUGCAGAUGGCAAAGAGAUCCCAGUGCUAGAAGCCAUCAAAGCAGCAGAUUUACCUUGUCAAAAAAAUAAAAAGGGACAACCCACCCAUUUCAAGUUCAACAACUCAUCUGUGUAUGCAGAUAAAAAAGUAGAUGAACCCACAACAUCUGACAAUGAUUCAGAUGAUGAUGAUGAUGACAAUGAUCAGAAACUGAGUGAGAUUGUCUGGACAUCAACCUUCAGACAGAUGAAGGCUUUUUUCAAGGCACUGGGGUCCAUUGAAAGUAAAGAUCUGACACUGACUAUAAAAGUCUUGGAGGAACGAGAGCGUCUUGAGAAAGCCAUGGCAAGUCUGACUCCUCAGAUAACUGCAGGUCUUUCUAAACUGAGUGAGAUAAAGAAAUUCAAGCAAUGUUUGGACAAUGACAAUGAGAACAUGGCACAAAAUGAGGAUUUUGAGCAAGAUGUAGAGGUGAUGAAAGCAAACAGAACUCCUGUAAAUUCCUUUACCAUGAAUUGCAACACAUGCUUUUUCACAUGUCACUCCAACUGCUUCCUUCCUGAAAACGAUUCAGUAAGUACUUGUGCUGUGAUGCAUGCUGGCUACUGCAUUGUUUGUCCUGGAAACUGCCCUUACUCUGUUCAUAUAAGAGAAAAGGUCAUGUGGACAUAUGAAACAGUAAUAGAGAGAAAGACCAUUAAGGAGCUGAAGGACAACUUCAUGAAGGCAAAAGGAAAAUUUAUGGACUCCAAGCAAAUGAUUGAUGCACUUGAACAGGAACUCCAUGGAAUUCAGGACAAAUUAAUGAAGCUGAUAAAAAUGUCUUCUGAUUGCUUGAGACGACUGGACAAAAUUGCACUGAAGCCAAAAUCUCUCUCCACAGCAGAGUACCUUGAAAUCCUGAUCAAAACAGAGAAGGAGGAGAAAAGCACUGGCUUUGAGGACCGCAUUGUUGGACUUGAGAAAAUGAAAGAAGAAACCCUUAUAAUCGAAAAGAUCGCAAGAGGAGAGAAUCUGCUUGAAAAAGAGCGCCGCAUCAUUGUGAAGAGAGAGAAUCGUAUGAAGACUGUUGCACUGAAUAUUAUGAAAGUAAAGCAAGUUGUUAGUGAAUUACAGUCACAAAACGAGCAGGAAAAAAACUAUGAAAAAGAUGGAAGCUCUUGUCCUGAUGACCAGGAGAUGUCCCAAUCAAAAUAAAGCCUGAUUACUUAAAAUGUGAAAUAGUACAAAUUUGAAUUUGCUUUAUAAUAUCAUGAUACAGCUUCAAACAUUAAAGCUUCACUUAUGGAUCAAACCUCAUUAUAUAUAUCAAAAAGUCAAUACAAGAGUAAUUCCUCGUUUAUCUUUUAAUUUUAAACAAUGAUGGCUAAUCCAAUAGCAUACUUGUUGGCAAUUGGAGUCCUACUGUCCUUUUGAGUUUUCAAGAAAUAAUGGGUAAGAUUUAGUAGAAUGGCAGAAAAAACUCUUUGAAAUGCAGAAAUAUGGAUUCUCCCCAUGGUGCCAUGAGAUUAAAUAAAAUAUC